GACAUACAUUCAGGAUAUAUUAGACAAGAAAGGUUAUCAUAAAAGUCGAAGACUUCAAGAAUUCUUUGAGAUCAGUCGAGUGUCGUUUAUCAGAGAUCUUGGAGUAAAACGCAGGGAAGGUGUACUGCUCAAGCGUUCUGGAGGUCAUGUGUCUCCCCAUUUGGCCAGGUGUUGUUGCUGUUUCCCACAAUGUUGUUGUUACGUCUGGAGAAAAAGGUGGUUCGUGAUGAAGGAUUCAUUUAUUGCUUACUUAGAUCCAGGAAAUCAAGAGGUCCGAGGCGUGUUGCUUUUAGAUGAAAAAUUUUCAGUUGAAAUUCCCCCGCAUUUAUCUCGUGGUUUGCUAAUUAGGAAUCGUGAGAGGGAGUUAACUGUAUUUUGUUGGACUCAUCGAAAACAAAGCGAAUGGAUGGCAGAGAUGGUUCGUACUAUGGCCGAUACUGGUUCAAUUUGGACCAAGAAUAAUGCUUUCGAUUCUUAUGCUCCACAAAGACAAAAGAUUCCGGCUCAGUGGUUUGUUGAUGGUGAAGAAUAUUUUUACUCAGUCUCACAAGCUCUUGAAGAAGCUAAAGAAGAAAUAUUCAUCACAGACUGGUGGUUUAGUCCAGAACUGCACAUGGUUCGUCCGUCGACAGAAAAUGAUCAUUGGAGACUGGAUAGGAUAUUACAACGCAAAGCGGAAGCUGGGGUUAUGAUAUAUGUUCUAAUAUAUAAAGAAAUGGAGAUGGCUUUAACAAUAAAAAGUAUCUACAGUAAAACUGCUCUUUUGAAGCUUCAUCCCACUAAUAUAAAGGUAUUACGACACCCUGACCACACCCCCGGAAAAACUGGAAUAUUUUAUUGGGCUCACCACGAAAAAAUAGUUUGCAUUGAUCAAAAAGUUGCUUUUCUUGGAGGGUUGGAUUUGUGUUAUGGUCGUUGGGACAACUGUAGGCAUUUUCUUACAGACUGUGAUUCAGAAUUUGUGCCCAGCACAUAUUCAAAAACGGAAAAGGUAAUAGCAAAUAUCGGAAACAUUUUCAUGACUGCCACAGCGAAUGCAAUACCAAACUUUAGCGAAAUAACAGAGGAAAGGACAAAGACGAAGGAAGCUAAAAUUUCUCGGUCAAGGAAAUUGCUGGGACGAGCACGGCUGUGGAGGGGGAAGGAUUAUUCCAAUCCGAUUAUAAAAGAUUUUGUCGAUUUACAUAAACCUGAGCAAGAUAUCAUUGAUAGAAGUAGUACAAACAGAAUGCCUUGGCAUGAUGUUGCUGUCUGUAUCUGGGGCCAAGUAGCAAGAGAUGUUGCCAGACAUUUUAUUCAAAGGUGGAACUUUACCAAGUUAGAGAAAAAGAAAGCAGAUUCAUUCUUCCCUCUACUCCUCCCAAAAACCUAUACCGGUCUUGUUGACACCGCUCCAGAUGGACUUAAAACUAGCAAUAUCAAUUGUCAGGUACUUCGUUCUGUGGGAGAAUGGUCAGCGGGCUGUCCAAGCGAGUCGUCAAUAUACAAUGCUUACAUUCAUUUGAUAAAAACAUCCAAACAUUACAUUUACAUCGAGAAUCAAUUUUUUAUCACGUCACUUCCUCCUGAUGUUAAGAAUAUCGUCGGAGACGCAUUGGUGGAGCGAAUUACACGUGCACACAAUAAUGGCGAAAACUUCAAGGUUUUCAUUGUUAUGCCUCUCUUGCCGGCGUUUGAAGGUGAAAUUGGAGAUGCUUCAGGAACAUCUAUUUGUGUUAUCACUCAUUGGAACUACAUGUCCUUGUGCAGAGGCGAGACGUCACUUAUAGAGAAACUUCGAAAGAAUGCUGUUGACAAACCUUUUGAUUAUUUGUCUAUCUGCAGUCUACGAAAACAUGAAGAAUUUGGUGCAACUCCUAUUACGGAACUGAUCUAUGUGCACUCGAAAGUCAUGAUUGUGGAUGAUCGUUACACUAUAAUAGGAUCAGCAAAUAUAAACGACCGAAGCUUACUAGGAAAAAGAGAUUCUGAAAUUGCAAUAUUAGCUGAAGACUGCGAGUUUAUCGAAUCAAAGAUGAAUGGAAAAAAGUAUCAAUCUGGUGUUUUUUCAUCCAGCCUUCGGCAUCGAUUAAUGAACGAACAUCUUGGCUUGUUGGAGUCAGUUGAUGAGAAAGACGAUUCUGUGGUAAAAGAUCCAAUUUCAGAAUCAUUUUUUAAGGACGUUUGGUCUGCUAUUGCUGAUGCUAAUACCAGAAUAUAUGAACAGGUGUUUCACGCUCUCCCAUCUGACGCUGUUGAACAUUUUAGCGAGUUACCUCAAUACAAGAAUCUACAAGGCCUCGCAGUCAAGGAUCCUGAACAAGCGCGAAAGGAACUGGAGAAAAUCCAAGGGCAUCUUGUCAAUAUGCCGCUAAAAUUCUUACAGAACUCUGAUUUGAGGCCACCAAGUGGGUCAAAAGAAGCUUUAGUUCCAGUCAAAAUUUUUACGUAGUCAUUGAAAUAUUCUCACAACAUACAAACUUGCAGCAAAGUGAAUUCAGCUAUGUUUCAUGGUAAAAAAAUACGAAGCCUAGAUCGCUAAACCGUUAGUGUUCCCGAGAGUGUUCCAGGUAAUGGGGGGUGCUCCUGAAAAAAUAAACACACAUACUAUGAUAUUGAUGAGAAUUUCAGCGAACAUAUCGUACAAAUCACAUUAUUGCAUACAUGGGAAUAGUGAAUUGUUUUUUAAAUUGCGAAGUAGCUAUAUUCGUCACACUAUAUAUAGCAUAAGUCGUCAAUAACUGUCCUCAGCGUGUAUGCUUCAUAUUUCUAUCACGCACGAAUUUCAACCGUAUAGUAAAUGUCAUGCAUGUCCGACAGUCCUUCUUCUAACUAUAUUUUAUAUACCUUGUUUAUCCACGUCACAAUUGAUGCAUGGUUCAGCUUCACCGUAGAUAAUUGUUCAUACAGGAGAUUCUUACUAUGCGGCUACAUGCUGUUUAGGCAACCAGUUGAAAACAUGUUUACUUGG